GUGCGUACGCUUCCAUGCAGCCAGCCAGCGGGUGUUUAUUUGUCCGCAUGCAAUGCUUCACUAACAAAGUCGGGCUAUGCUAUGCGCAUACAUAUACGAGACAGUGAGUGGGUAGAGAGACUGUCAUGUCCAUGGCCUAACUAAGCUUUCGAGCCAAACUGCAGGACAGCGGGUCGUGUCACCUACAACACAUCCACUCACUGCCUUAUGAGACCUUAAAUAUCAUCAGACACACAGGCUUCACUCGGUCUGCGGCACAAGCGGUGACGGCACCCGCUCGCAAUCAAUCUUGUCACCGUCAAUCUUGCAUAUCGCCAGCCCAAUGCUGAAGGGCGUCUCCUUGACAUCAAAGGGGUCCUCCGCCUCACCCUGCCGCACGGCCACAUAGUACAGCCACACCUCCUUCCCCUCAUUGCGCACCACGGCGUUCGGCGUCCCCACGAACCGCGAGUCGGCCGCCCCCUUGACGCCUAUGCGGGGCAUCAACACGGGCAGCGUGUAGAGGCUCCCCCAGGAGAAGCCGUCACGAGAGCCGAAGAGAGAGAUGGUGUGCUCGUUGGGUGAUGGCGCGACGCUCUCGCCAAACAUCCACCAUUGAGAUGUGGAGAGUGUCAGGGCCCGGCCGGCAUCGCUCAAGUUGGCAGCGGGUGACGAUGCGUUGUAGUUGGGGUUGGCCACGACCCAUCUCGUCCCCACCCCCCUGCUGUAAUACGUGCCCUCCGGUCCCGCGCCGAGCAGGGGAUAGUCGAGCCUCUUCCAUUUCCCUCUCUUGCCUUGGUGGAUGGCCGCAGUGACAACGAAAGGUGCGCUGAAGUUGGCCUGUGAGUGAUAGUAGAGAAGAGAUGUGGUCUCGUUCAGCUGCACAAACUGUGGCCAGCCCUCGCCGCUCCAGCCUUUCUCUGAUGGAGCCAGCUCCAACAGCGGCUUCCUUGCUCUUCGCCAGUUGAGGCCAUCUGUCGAUGUGGCAACGCCGAUGCGGAGAGGGAAGCCGCAGAUCGUGUUGGAUGCGUUGCUUGGCGAGGGGAGGCCGUCAUUGAGGCUGCCACCGAAAUAAUACAUGGUAUACUUCGACUUGCCGUCAUCAGAUAGCUGACACACAGAAGACAGACAACAAGUGAGAGCAGUGCAGUGGAUGCAUCCACUGCGUCAGUCAGUCACUGUGCAUGCUUGCGUACCAUGACGUCGCCGACGCCCACAUGAGCGCUGUCCCAUGCUCCCUUCUUCGUUGCCGGCGCAAGCACACUGCCGCCCUCCCCGGGCCCAUCCAGCCGCCGCCAAGCGAUGCCGUCAGCUGACUCUGCCAGGCCGACGUAGCCGGUGGGAAGCGGUGUUACAUCCGGAUGCUUUUCGAUGAACUUGAAGCUCUUGCCGUAGUAGUACAUGACCCACAGGACCCUCCUGCUGUCGAAGAACACUCGCGGCGCAGCGACUGCCUUGGUGUCGAACCGGUCUGAGUCGCGAGGAGCGACGGUGAGUACCUGAAUGGAUGGAUCAAUGCCUCAGCUUGGCAGAUCUGAAAGCUCAUUCAUCACCUGUCCUUCAUUGAGCUGAGAUCCUUGCAGUCGGGCACACAGCACUGACGCCACGCCGAGCAGCAAGACAAGAACAAAGCGCAUAGCCAUGAUGAGAGAAGAACGGAUCAGCU